AUGGCCACUCUCGAUUUUUUGAAGCGAGCUCUCAGAGAGGAAGCCACGAGACAGACGAAAUCCCCGAAGCAACCAUUGUGCGACACACAGUACAAUGCCAGUUUCGAUAUAAUGAUGCAUGGCUCAGAAUGGAUGUCUUACGAAGACUUCAUCAUUCCCCAACUAUCUGAGCUUCUAAAGCCUCUCUUGAGUUCGCGUAUCAAUCUUUCGGUGCUAGAGAUUGGACCCGGGUCCAAGAGUGUGCUUGGUCAUCUCCCUAUAUUUCUGAGAAGAAAGUUUAGAAGUUAUGCUGCAUUCGAGCCGAAUGAGUUGUCUGCUACAAGAUUGCAAGAAUGGUUUCGCACUUCUUCCGCAGCAGAUUCCCCGCUGCCAUGUUUGGACAGCUCCCCCAGGAUCUAUAACGCUCCCUUCGAUCUGAACAGCGGCGCAAAGGACGCUACCCAGACUGAUACAAGUCAUGGCGAGGAAAAGUUCGACGUCAUUCUUUUCUGUCAUAGCAUGUAUGGUAUGAAGCCGAAAUAUGCGUUUAUCCGACGAGCAUUAGAACUGCUUGUUCAAUCUCCAGAGGAUGGAAUAGUGGUAGUUUUCCACCGCGACGAAGAUCUUGAUCUUGGCGGAUUGGCUUGCGAUAGUACGGCUAUUUUUCCUACUGGGACUGUCACUGUGGCAGACGACGACAAGACUCUGGAUAAUUUUGCUCCAUUCAUCGCGGGUUUCGUUAUGCAGGAUGUAGAGCUCGACAAGGCUGUCCGAAGCGAGUGGAUCAAAAUAUGUCGCGCCUUGGCUUGCCAUGAUCAAACGCGUCCAGGUCGUCUCUUGUUCAGCUCGCCUCAACGUAUGGUGUCAUUCACUCGACAUGCGAUUGCGUUACCUGAUCUCACAGCAAAGGUGCUAUUGGCGAACAAGGACAAAACGAUUAAAAGCUGGGAAGCUCGCUUGCACCAACCUGCAUUAAUCGUCAGGCCAACAAGUAUCCAGCACAUCCAGCAAUGCAUUCAAUGGGCUUUGAAGCAUAAGGUUGGACUUACCGUUAUUGGUGGGGGGCAUAGUGGUCAUUGUAUCUGGCCGAACGUCGUAUCGGUCGACAUGAGCGCCUUUGACCAGAUACACAUCGUCACCUCUAGUCAGGAUGCAAGAAAUUUUGAUUCUUGUACUGAUUCUGAUUCUUGUAUUGUAGCUGAGACCGGAUGCAAGACAGACGAUAUCGUCCGUAAGGCCAUGGCAUCGGAUCUGACAGUACCCCUAGGGUCCCGACCAAGUGUGGGCGCGGGGUUGUGGCUACAAGGCGGCAUUGGUCACUUAUCUAGGCUUCACGGGCUCACAUGUGACAACAUCAUAGGCGCUGUUAUGGUCAGCGCUGACUCCGGUCAGAUUCUUCACGUCGGAUGCGUACCAACACAGCAUGUUCCGGCUGCUGCUGUCCGCCCCGAAAAUGAGAUCGAUCUUUUGUGGGCAAUUAGAGGUGCUGGAACCAACAUUGGUAUCGUUGUAAGCGUUGCUUUCAAGGCUCACGCGGCUCGAACGUAUUCGAUGAGAAACUGGGUCUUUCCACUCAAGGAUAACACCGAGGCGCAGCUCAAGCUCAAUGAUUUCGACAAAUCCAUUACCAGGGAACUUCCUCGAAACUGGUGUGCAGACGCAUAUCUCUAUUGGAACGUCGAGCAGUUGCAUCUUGGGGUCAGCAUCUUCGAAUCUUCUACAACUGACCCGGAUAUAAAAACUUUCACGCGUGUAGCCAAAUUAUUGGGGCCCGAAAACAUAUCCUAUACUGUUGACGGUGUCGGUUUGUUCGACACUGAAAUGUACAUGUCUGGGAUGCACAAUGGAAACGGCGGCGGCAAAACCUCCUCGUUUAAGCGAUGCUUCUUCUUGAAAAAUAUCGGAGAGGUGCAUAUCGCUGAUCGUUUGGUAGCGGCGAUUCAGUCUCGUCCUUCGCCAAUCUGCUAUCUCCAUCUGUUGCACGGUGGCGGAGCAAUUACCGACGAAGCCGCCGAAGCCACUGCUUUUGGAUGUCGCGAUUGGGAUUUUGCCUGCAUCGUUACUGGUGUUUGGCCCCGCGACCAGAAUGAAACAAACGCAGCUCGAACUGCCGUACAGUGGGUUUAUCAUGUCGCGAGAGACCUGUUGCCCUUUUGUAGCGGAGUCUACGGUGCCGAUCUCGGACCAGACCCUAGGGACACCGCACUGGCGGCUGUAGCUUUUGGACCAAACUUGCCGCGUCUGGCUCGUCUCAAGCGCAGCUUAGACCCGUGUAAUAUAAUUGCUUAUGCCUGCCCGCUUCUCGAGCCGCCAAGGAAACAGAAACUCAUCAUUCUGGUCACAGGCGAUAGCGCAGCCGGUAAGGAUUAUUGCGCCGAUAUCUGGGUCUCCACAAUUACCACAUACACCCAGAAGAAACUCACGACACGUUCGGUUAGUAUCAGCGAUGGCACUAAGCGAGAAUAUGCAAAAGCUACUGGCGCAGAUAUAAAUCGGCUUCUUCGGGAUCGCGCCUACAAGGAGCAACACCGGCCAAGGUUGACAACAUUCUUUCAGGAUCAGAUGCGUCAAAGACCUAACUUACCGAUGGAACACUUUCAAAGUAUCAUUCAUGAUGCUGCAGAUAUUGACGUGUUGCUGAUCACUGGAAUGAGAGACGAAGCGCCAGUCGCAAUCUUCUCGCAUUUAGUAUCAAACAGCAGACUUCUCGACGUCCACGUCAAAGCUAGUCAAAGGCUGCGUGGGAUUCGUAAGGGGAAUGAUGAGGGUGAUGGCCAUGUUGAUGACAGUAAAUAUAUGAACAAUGAUAAUGAGUUGAAUUCGACAACCUUACAUUAUCGCCCCAAUCUCAUGUUCGAAAAUGAACAAACUGGAAAAGAGGCGGCAGAAGCAUUUGCCAGACGGUAUCUGCUUCCAUUUUUACAUGAGGACUUAAAUCGACUAGCCAGUAUGGUACCUGUGGUACCCAAUCAUCCGCGAGCGGGCAUCGAUUUCCGUCAUGUGCUUGACAUCUCCCAGCAGCCAGGUGGAUUAAACCUGUGCACGUCUCUGCUGCAAGCUCAUUUCAACGGUGAUUGGGCCAAAGUCGAUGCAUUGGCCUGUUGCGAGGCUGGCGGUUAUGUAUUUGCAUCAUCUUUGGGGGUGCAGGUUGAUGUGCCCUUGGCGCUGAUUCGAAAACCUGGCAAGCUCCCGCAACCUACCGUUUCCGUCGUGAAAUCUCCAUCGCAUGUUUCGUCUACUGAAUCCAUUGAUUUGGAAGAAGAGAAAUUUGAAAUGAAUCAAGAUGUGGUUCGCAAAGGUGACUCGGUAGUGAUAGUAGACGAUGUACUUGCCACAGGCGAGACGCUCUGUGCGGUGCUACAGUUGUUAAUUAAGGUUGGUGUUUGUGUUGAGGAUCUCAGCGUCAUGGUCGUUGCCGAGUUUCCAAUUCAUCGAGGCCGGGCCAUGUUGCGUCAGCGGGGCUUCGGAGGAGUCAGUAUUCAGAGCCUUUUGGUCUUUGAUGGUGCUUAG